AUGGAUGUCGCUCGCUUUACCCGGGUGGCCGAAGAACGCCUUGCGCUGAAUGGGACUCGCAGUAGCUCUGGUUCAGGGGAGGGCAGAAGCCCUCUGGUGGUGGGGCGCAUCAGCCGCGAUGCCCCCGACAAACAUCACCCGGAGGACCCGGCCCUUUACCGCAUGCUUGCAAGCCAGGGUGUGCGCAUCAGGAUCAUGGGCGGCAUGUGCCUGGCAUCGAUCCUGUCUGGCGUGGAAGGCAUCGAGCUGAUGCCCGCAGGCGAUAUGCCAGCGGCUGACUUUUACCGAUCUCUUGACAUCUUCUUUUACCGUACGGGUGCUUCCGUUGAGGCCUAUGGACGCGUGGUAUUGGAGGCUAUGGCCAGUGGGCUGCCCGUGGUGGCCCAUUCGCGCGGAGGCUACGCCGAGGCGGUGGAAGACGGUGUCUCAGGCUUUCUGGUUCACACGCAGGAACAGGCCUGGGACACACUGAUGCGCCUUUGCACUUCUUCCGAACUUCGAACUGAUCUGGGCCGCGCCGCAAUGCUGCGGGCCUUGUCGCUUCAUGGCAGCCCUGCCAUAGAGCGGGACCUGGCGUUUUACCUCUAG